UCUUAAAGCAAUGUCAAGACUGAUACUUGACGGUCGUUGUAAAUAAACUUGAGUAGUUCUUCUGCUUUUUUAAAUUUGUGUGUAUUUUGUCUUCCUAUCUGCGUGAAUAUAGUUGUUUGUAAUUGAAAAAAGUAAUUUAAAACAAUAAUACAAAUAUAUAGCGUUGCAAGCAUAUACAUUUUGACAGGAAUAACAACCACUUAAAGAACUGGAGCGAGAAAUUGAACAAUUCAGGAAUCUACCUCCGCCACCUGGUGAACUGAAGCUUAUUGACGCCUUUAGUAAACAACAGAAACAGGAAAGUACACGUUAAACAAUAUAAUGUAUUAAGGGUAAACGUUUUGUAAUAUAAUACAACGGAAAUGUCCAUUGUACAUUUAUUUUGGUUAUGGAGAUCCUUUUUAAGGUAGAAAUGUCGGUGGACGAUUAAAUUCGGCAAUUGUGUGGCAUCGACUGAAUCUAAACGUCUUUGAUAUUACACAGAUGAUAAAAUGAAAAUGAUUUUCGAAAUUAACAUUAAAUCUGUAAUUUGUUAAAGUUUUACUCCUUAACAAUACAUUCAUGUGCUUUGCCUUAACAUGCCGAUAUCUCUGUGUCGUUUUUUAAUUCAAUCUAUAAAUGUUCACUAUGUAUAUAUAUAAGUUUAUACUCAAACAUAAAGCAUGCUUGUUCUCUAGCGGUUCAAUGAAGCAGCAAUAGUCAUUGCAAAAGUCAAUCAGUACGCGGACUCUAUCUUGCUAAAGAUAGAUGAGCUUAAGAAUACAAUUCCUCAACAGAAGAAGAUCAUGCAGCAAGCAAUCGAAGACAUAAUUAGAUCGAUUAAAGUACGGUCUACCUCCACCUUUAAUUCCACAUUUCAUGGUCAUGAUGAUCCAAUACGACAUACACUGACUUUUCCUGCUUUGAACACGUCAAAAGUCGAGGGUAAAAAUAAAAACACAUCCCUUGAUGAUAACUUGGAGAAACUGCAAACAGUUCGGGCUUUAGAAGAAGUGGCUAAAGGCAUGGAGGAUAAUCGCCUUCGUGAUCUUAUACAAGAGACCGAAGAUAAGCUGGGCAAAGUAAAAAAAGGUGGCAUUCUUACACAACAGGAUAUCGAUGAUUUAAACGGAUGUGUCGAUAGUUGGAAAAAAGCAAAUGCAAUGAGUUAUGCUGCCGAGAAAGAGCAAAAGCGACACGAAGAAGAAACACGACGGAAAGCGGCAGAGGAAGAAAAGAGACAGGUGGAAAGAGAAAGAAAACGAAAACAAGAAGAGGACAGAAAGAAAAAAGAAGAACAAGAAAGGAAGAAACGUGAAGAAGAAGAAAGGAAACGAAUAGAAGAAGAAGAAAAACAGAAACGUGAAGAAGAAGAACGCAGACGAAAAGAAGAAGAAAGAAAGAAACAUUUAGAAGAAGAGCGACAACGAAAAGAAGAUGAAGUAAAAAGGAGACGUGAAGCUGAAGAACAAAGACGAAAAGAAGAAGAAGAACGAAAAUUAUUAGAAGAAAAGAAGCGCUUGGAAGAGGAAGCAAGAAAACGAGACGAAGAAGAACACUUGCGUCAAGAAGAAGAGCGAAAAAGAAAAGAAGAAGAGGAUGACCGGAAACGAAAAGCUGAGGAUGAACGUCUUCGUUUAGAAGAAGAGCGAAAGAAGAAAAGAGAGGAGGAGAGGCAACGCAGAAUUAGAGAGGAGGCGGAACGAGAAAGGAAACGAAAAGAGGAGGAAGAAAGAGCAAGGCGAUUAGAUCCAAACAACUGGAAACCACUGAUAUUCGAGCGACCAUGCGAUGAGGUCGAAGGCAAAAGACCAUAUCACGACGGUCUAUGCUGUAUGUUAGCGUCUCCUUCGAAUGAAAUAACUCAAGAUAGUGUUCAGUGCUCAGCGUCUGAUGAGCUCGAUGACAUCAUUCAAACACUAGACGAAGAUGAAAGACCUACAAGUUCAAGUAUUAAUGUUCAAACAAAUUCGAAUUCAAUUGCAACUGAGUGUCCGUCACGUGUUUAUGUGCCGCACAAUCCAAUCUCUAGCGCUUCCGAGGAACUCGUCAUUAAAUAUUCAAUAAAUGGAAGUGACUGGCACACAUCUGAAGUUCUGAGACCAACACAACAGAUAGAGAAUAUAGAGGAUUAUGCUACGACAAACCUUAUCGGAUUUGAAGCCAAUAACUUUGAUAAACUUAAGAUAAUGGUUGUAUCUAGACAAAAAAGUCAAAAUGUUAUAAUAGAUAAAGCUGGUCUUACCGUAACUUCAACUGCUGACAAAAAUGUGAAACUCUAUACACCAAGAGAUGCUUUUACUACAAGAACGAACGUUCGACUAUCGGUGGUAAAUAAAACAAUGGAUCUAGAUGACAGUACAGUUGUAUCUGAUCUUUUUUCUGAUGUCAUUUCGCUUGGACCAUUGAUUACCAUUGUUUGUGAAUCAGCCCCCCAAAAAGACCUUGAAGUAGAUAUCACCAGGCCAGCAUCGGGACAUGGCAUUCGACAAAGAAGCACUCGUCACCAUCUUAUCAUGUCACGUGGUAAAGUGUGGACUCCCGCUGAACGAGAAUACAAAGACACAAGUAACGUCGUCGUUUCAGUUAAACUUCCAGCAAACAGAGAAAGAUAUACCAUCGUGGAAGUAGAGCUCCCUACUACGUCUCCCAAGGAGAAUGCAAUGAAGUUAGCCGAAUCCUUUCAUACUCAGAGUAUCCAAACAAUUGUGCACGUGGUAUUGAGACAAAACGAAACGAAUCCUCAGAAUGCAAAGAUUGUGGUCGUACAACCACAUGCAUUAAAACAGCAAUUGCAACGUCUGAGCAAUGAUGGCUUUUCUCUUGGACCAGAUGCAAACAACAUACUUAGUUUGAAAGAAGGUCAACGUCUGUCUUUGUCCAGUCGAGGAAACGUCCAAAUUACAGAUGCCGAAAAUGGAACAGUAACAUUUACGUUCUAUAAGUACAUGAACAAGAUAAAUAAGACAUUGAAGCUGCAAGCAAAAGACAUCUACCUACAACGAAAUCUUCCAGAGUACAACGGACUUCUUGAGUUUAUUAUUGACAACGGCACCGAAAUCCCAAACAAGAAAAUAGAAUUUACAGUCCAUCUUCCAAAGAUUGAUGCCCCUAGAGGUGGGAGAGAAAUGCAUAGGAUUCGAUUUCCUUAUUAUUUGACCUGUCUCGCUGGAUAUCUGUCAAAAUGCAUCUGCGAGAAACAACCCGAAAAUUGGCAGGAUAUUGUGGGUUGCUUUAUCGAUAAAACUCAGCUCAAGUCCUUGAUCCGCGUUGCUAAGAGACGGAUAUCGGAAGUCGAUCAGCGUACAUUAUGCAGAAAUGUUCUCCAUGAUUGGAUGAAGCAGACCACGAAACAAGAUGACAAGGUUCAGAUUAUUCUCGAAGGAUUGUACUGCCAUCGCCAUACUGACAUUUAUGAGAAUUGCAAACAGUUCGUUAGAUAUCAAAAAGAGACAAUGGCGGACAAGACUCUUGCUGGCCUUGCAUCGUCCGUAACAUUGCCACCAGACGAGGUGGCGUCUGUUCUGAACAUUCAACCGGAGAUGUUGCAGGCGAUAAAAGCAGACUACAUAGGAGACGACCUUAUUUUGCAGAUGCUGACGGAGUGGAGAGAAUCGGACGAUGCCAUUAAUUUGGGACACGAUGCUUUCGAAGAGCUUCGAAAGCUUAUGUCAAAUUAAACAUGUUUGUGUCGUGUUAAGCACUCGGUUGACUGCUUAAAUACAAAACAAUAUAAUACUUGUGUGUAUAGCAUUAAAUAUAUUUAGUAUCGUAUAUGAAUCGUUUAUUUAUAAAAGCAUGUCAUUGUGUAAUGAUUUGUCCUUUUUUAACAUGUUUAAACAGUAACAAAUACAUCUAACAAUUACGUACAGGUUUAGAUGAUAAAUUGUAUUGACGAAAGGUGUAUCAGCCUAUUUUGAAAACAUUCAUUGUUAAAUCGAGUAAAUUUUACGAAAACGGUUAAAAUGUGAUCGGCAGUUUGUUGCGAAACGUUAAUGAACAUAAUGACUACAAUGUAAUAAUUGUUUUCAUAACUUCUUUAUGCAACAUUGUAUUUAAAACAAUGUUUUUACCUCACAAUGUGUAAUGUAUAAUUGUAUUAUUUUCGUUUUUCGAUCUUCAUUGAAAUAUUCCUAUAUUAUGUUUUACAGUAUGAAAAGCAACUACUAUAUAUCACAGGGAUCGUUAGGUAAAAAAUACUCUAUUAUACUAUAUACAUAUAUACAAGGGAUACAACUGUCACAUUUCCUGCACAACAUCAUGGUCUAGACAAUAGCAAAAAAAUCGCUUCCAAAAGCAAGAAUUACACCAAAAAAACUGUAUAACAACAGCUCAGACAUUUAUCUAUCAGAUAAUAACUAUGUUUAUAGCAAUAAAAGUGUUCAUAGUUGUGUUUGAAACGAAAGUUUCAUGAAAAACGGUAAAAUUUUCGAAAUGCGACACAGGUGUGCACACCCACUUUGACACAUUUUGUUUCAUAAUUUAAUAAAUACAGAGAAGUUGAGCAAAUUUUACCUUGUUUUAUUAUCCAUAGACACUUUAUUAAUCAAAGUAGACACCUUCCAUAAUUGCAUGUAACUGCAUAUAUGUAAAACACGGUAAAUAUUAAAUUUGUUUACAUUUCUACUAUCUUCAAGGAUUUGUAUGCAAUUUGUCAGGUAAUGUUACGUGGAACGUGAAUGGCUGGAUUUAUUACUGCAGUGGAAUUUCAACCAAUCAAAUCGCAUGUUAGAAAUACAUGUGAACUAUCCAAAAUGAAAGUAAAACAUUGUCAUUGUGAAAUUGCAGCAGGUUGAUAUGAAUUUCUAGCAAAAUAUGCUCACUAAAUAGUAAUUAUGUUUUAUUUUACUAUGAAAAAAAAAUAUCCAAGGAAUAUGUACCAGCAAAAGAGCUUUAUAACAAAGGAAUACGCAAAUUACUUCUAGAAUUCUCAGUUUUCAGCUGUGCACACCUGUGUCCAAGUAAGAAUUUUUGAGCAUUUUGAAUGAAACUUUCUCUCUUAGUUCAAUGAAAAGCUUGUACUUUAUUGCCAAGUGUAUAAUUUUCUGAAAGAUAAAUGUAUUGGCUGUUGUAAUACAGUUUAAUUAGUGUAUUUAUUGCGUUUGGAAGCACAUUUUUCGCUAUUGUUUACACCAUGGUUGUGUGCAGGAAUUUUCACAGUUGUAUCCCUUGUAUAUAUAUGUAGUAUAAUAGAAUAUUUUUACUUAACGGUCCCUAUGCUAUAUAUGUGCCUCCAUUUCCCAUUUAAAAUCAAUUAUGGAAGUAGUUAUCGUAGCAUUGUAUAAUGUAUUUUUUAAAUACUUUUACUGGUGAUAGUUUUUGACAAAUGUUGUGUCACUUUACGAUAUUAUUUUAAAUAAUUAAAUUGCUUUAAAAAUG